UGGUGAGAAGCUAAAUCGAACAAACAAAAAAAAGCUCAAAACUUUCUUCUUCUUCUUCUUCCUCAAACUCACGAACCCUAAGACGAGCUUUGUAAACCAUCAUCAUCGCCGCCUUUCUGAGACGAUGGAGAAUCGUAAAGGAGGAGACUUUAGCGUACCCAGCUCCGAAGCUUUGACCACGACGCUUCGCAAUGCGAUCCAAGCUCUGGGUCGUGGUUUCGAUGUCACAUCCGAUGUUCGUCUCCUCUACUGCAAAGGAGCUCCUGGUUCGAGACUCGUCCACAUCGAAGAAGGACAGAACAGAGAUCUUGAAUUGUCCGAUGGGUUUUCUCUCCCUAAUGUCCCCGUUGAUAUCGAGUGCUCACGAGGCGACGAGGGCAUACAUAGAAUCCCUGUUUGCACCUUCCAUCAGAUGGCAGCAUCCUUCAACGAGAAUUCAGGUGUAAAAGGGAACAUACCACUCGGAUGCUUUAACGCAAUGUUCAACUACACUGGCUCCUGGCAAGUCGAUGCAGCUUCCACGAAAUCUCUCGCAGUCGUUGGAUACUUUAAUAAGCUUUAUGAAGUCAAAUUAGCAAAGCUUACAUUGUUCUUGCGCAAUGAGAUCAAACGCGCCGUUCCUUCCUCAUGGGAUCCUGCUUCCUUAGCCAGUUUUAUCGAAAACUACGGUACUCAUAUUGUAACCUCGGUGACGAUUGGUGGAAGAGACGUUGUUUACAUCAGACAGCAUCAGUCUUCUCCUUUACCUAUAUCCGAGAUCGAUAACUACGUCAAUGACAUGAGGAAGCACAGGUUUCAAGAUGCAGAGAGUCAAUCUAUCACUGGACCAUUAAAAUACAAAGACAAGGAUAUCACAGUAAUAUUUAGGAGAAGAGGAGGAGACGAUCUUGAGCAAAGCCACACUAGAUGGGCUAAGACAGUACCAGCAGCACCGGACAUUAUCAACAUGACUUUUACUCCUAUUGUCUCUCUCCUCGAAGGUGUGCCUGGUCUAAGGCAUUUAACGCGUGCCAUCGAGCUUUAUUUGGAAUAUAAGCCUCCUAUUGAAGAUUUACAGUACUUCUUGGACUUCCAAAUAGCUAGAGCAUGGGCUCCUGAGCUGAGUAACCUCCAACGUAAAGAGCCUGUGUGUGAAUCUCUUCAGUUUAGCUUAAUGGGUCCUAAACUGUUCGUCAGCGCUGAUCAGGUAACGGUUGGGCGUAAACCGGUCACAGGUCUCAGGCUAAGCUUAGAAGGAAGCAAACAAAACCGUCUCUCUAUCCAUCUACAACACUUAGUCUCUCUCCCCAAAAUCUUGCAGCCACAUUGGGACUCUCACGUGCCAAUAGGUGCACCGAAGUGGCAAGGACCAGAAGAGCAAGACAGCCGCUGGUUCGAGCCUAUCAAAUGGAAGAACUUCUCUCACGUUAGCACCUCGCCGAUCGAACACACGGAGACGCACAUCGGCGAUCUUUCGGGCGUUCACAUUGUCACCGGAGCUCAGCUUGGUGUUUGGAACUUCGGAUCAAAGAACGUUUUGCAUUUGAAACUACUCUUCUCCAAAGUCCCUGGUUGCACAAUAAGACGGUCUGUUUGGGACCACACACCGGUUGCUUCCACGGGGAGACUCGAACAGGGAGGUGCUUCUACGUCGAGUAGUUCGGCUGAGGAGAAGAGAGAAGACGUGUCGGGGCAGGCAGGGAAGCUGGCUAAGAUAGUGGACUCGUCUGAGAUGUUGAAAGGACCACAGGAUUUGCCUGGACAUUGGCUUGUGACUGGAGCAAAGCUAGGCGUUGAAAAGGGUAAGAUUGUGUUGCGUGUGAAGUAUUCGUUGCUAAAUUAUUGAGGAGGGUUUUUAGAUGUGAGAUCUAUGUUUUUCCGACAGCAUUCUUUGCACAGAGCGAAUCUAAUCUUCUUGUACAUGGAUGGUUUCGUAAGCAAGCAGCCGCUCUCGGUUUGGUUCGACUUUUAGAGUGCUUUUGGUUUUGUAUUGGUUGACUAUUAAGUUUUGUUCCGGUUUGGUUCUGUAGACGACUUUUUAUUAUCAAGUCGGAGAUGUAAAUUUUUGUGUGAUUCAAUUUCAACACAUGGUGGUUGUAAGGACUUUUCAUGUCACGUUUCUGUGAAAUUUGCAUGCCUUUUAUCGUUUAA